CUUCUCCACACGCCUUGGAUGGUUGGCAAAUAAUUUUCAUUUUCUCUCUCAACUUUCCCGGAAACCAAACAGACAUCCUUUUCUCCUGUCAGAGACUUUGUUCAGAGAUUGUUCUUCAAUACUCUCUCUCUCUCACCCAUUCUGCUUCUGCAAGAUCUUCUUCUUCUGCUUCACUGGCCGAGCAUGUGCUAGAUCAUCUCGUCUUAACUGCAAUCGGACAAACCAGGUGCUUCCUUGCUUGCUUUGUUAAGUUUGGGAGGAACUUGAAAGUUCAAAUUCGCUUUCUUUCGGUGAGGCCGAGGGAAUAAAAUAGCACAUUCGAAUUUUCAAUAUUUCUACGUUUUUUUGUUUUCAAAUUUGCGUGUUGGAUCGGGAAGGGUUUAGGUUCGGUUAACUGUAGAAGGUGGUGUUUCUUGGUUGGGGCUAUUUAAGGGGGGAAAAAUGUCUUUGGCAUCCAGGGUCCUGCCUGCUCUCCAGCCCAUGAAAUCGCUGCCUCCUGAUCGAAGGGAAAACUGUGGAGAUGCUAAAUUGAGAAGCUCUGAUGUGAUUGGAACAAGUAGUCCUAUAGAUGAUGCUCUGAUAGGGGAGGAGGUUUCUGAGGAAGCUCAGGACCGUGCAGGGGACAACGGUCUUUUUGAUGAGGACUUAGCGUAUAGUGGAAAAGGCGUGUCAGUAGAGGAAAGGCCAUCAACUGCUGAUGAAGACUUAGAAUCUGUUCCCCUGCCAUUCCAACCGGUUUCAAUGUCCUCCAGGGAGCUCAGGUGGAGUGAUACAACACCUUAUGCUUCAAAGAAGAAGCUUCAGUCUUGGUUUCAACUUCCAAAUGGGAAUUGGGAGCUGGUAAAGAUAAUAACAACUUCAGGAACUGAGUCUGUCAUUUCACUGCUUGAUGGGAAGGUUUUGAAAGUGAAAGAAGAAAUUUUAGUGCAAGCAAAUCCUGAUAUUCUUGAUGGACUGGAUGACCUCAUGCAGCUUAGUUAUUUAAACGAACCAUCAGUUUUGUACAAUCUGCAAUAUAGAUACAAUCAAAAUAUGAUUUAUACGAAAGCGGGGCCUGUUUUGGUUGCUAUAAAUCCCUUUAAGAAAGUUCCUCUGUAUGGUAACGAAUAUAUUGAAGCCUACAAGCGCAAAUCAGUUGAAAGCCCUCAUGUAUAUGCAAUUACAGACACAGCCAUCCGAGAAAUGAUACGAGAUGAAGUUAAUCAGUCUAUAAUUAUAAGUGGUGAGAGUGGAGCAGGGAAGACUGAGACAGCGAAGAUAGCAAUGCAAUACUUGGCUGCCCUUGGAGGUGGAAGUGGAAUAGAGUAUGAGAUAUUAAAGACUAAUCCAAUACUAGAAGCCUUUGGUAAUGCAAGAACAUUGAGGAAUGACAACUCAAGUCGCUUUGGAAAGCUUAUUGAGAUUCACUUCAGUGAAACUGGAAAAAUCUCUGGUGCUAAUAUUCAAACAUUUUUGCUGGAAAAGUCUAGAGUAGUCCAAUGCAAUGAAGGGGAAAGGUCAUAUCAUAUAUUUUAUCAGUUAUGUGCUGGUGCACCACCAGCUCUCAGGGGGAAGCUAAACAUACAAAAUGCAGAAGACUAUAAGUAUUUGAGACAGAGCAAUUGUUAUUCAAUCACAGGUGUUAAUGAUGCAGAAGAAUUUCGCGUAGUCAUGGAAGCUCUUGAUGUUGUCCACAUCAGUAAAGAAGACCAAGAGGCUGUAUUUGCGAUGCUUGCUGCAGUACUAUGGUUAGGAAAUGUAUCAUUUACCGUGAUUGAUAAUGAAAACCAUGUUCAAGCUGUAGAAAAUGAGGGUCUGUUCCAUGUUGCCAAAUUGAUCGGCUGUGACAUUGAAGAUCUCAAGUUGGCUCUGUCAACACGCAAAAUGAAAGUUCGUAAUGAAAAUAUUGUCCAGAAGUUGACACUGUCACAGGCAGUUGAUGCAAGAGAUGCUUUGGCAAAGUCAAUAUAUGCAUGCCUGUUUGAUUGGUUGGUUGAACAAAUAAACAAAUCACUUGCUGUUGGCAAAAGACGUACUGGCAGAUCAAUCAGUAUUCUAGAUAUAUAUGGCUUUGAAUCAUUCAAUAGGAAUAGUUUUGAGCAGUUCUGCAUAAAUUAUGCAAAUGAAAGAUUGCAGCAACACUUCAAUCGUCAUUUAUUUAAGUUAGAACAGGAGGAAUAUAUACAAGAUGGCAUUGAUUGGGCUAAAGUUGAAUUUGAAGACAACCAAGACUGCCUCAAUCUUUUUGAGAAGAGGCCAUUAGGGUUAUUAUCUCUGUUAGAUGAAGAGUGCACUUUUCCAAAUGGCACGGAUUUGACAUUUUCUAACAAGCUUAAACAGCAUUUGUGUUCUAAUUCGUGUUUCAAAGGAGAAAGAGACCAAGCCUUUACUGUUUGUCAUUAUGCUGGGGAGGUCACCUAUGAUACAGCUGGAUUUCUGGAGAAAAACAGGGACCUAUUGCACUUGGAUUCCAUCCAACUUCUAUCCUCAUGUACAUGUCGUCUUCCUCAAACAUUUGCAUCCCAUAUGCUUACUCAGUCUGAUAAGCCAGUAGUUGGCCCCUUACACAAGUCAGGUGGGGCAGAUUCUCAAAAGCUAAGUGUUGCAACAAAAUUCAAGGGCCAAUUGUUCCAACUGAUGCAACGUUUAGAGAGCACUACUCCUCAUUUUAUUCGCUGCAUUAAGCCCAAUAAUCUUCAAUCACCUGAAUCAUAUCAGCAAGCACUUGUACUGCAACAACUGAGAUGCUGUGGGGUCCUGGAAGUGGUUCGAAUAUCUAGAUCAGGCUUUCCAACAAGAAUGUCUCACCAAAAGUUUGCCAGAAGAUAUGGUUUUCUUCUCCUCGAUAAUGUUGCAUCUCAGGAUCCACUUAGUGUUUCAGUUGCAAUUCUUCAUCAGUUUAAUAUUUUGCCCGAGAUGUAUCAAGUCGGCUACACAAAGUUAUUUUUUCGAACAGGGCAGAUUGGUGUGCUUGAAGAUACUAGAAACCGUACCCUUCAUGGUAUUUUACGAGUCCAAAGUUGCUUCAGGGGUUACAAAGCUCGAUGUUCUCUCAAAGAGUUCCAGGGAGGAAUCACUACUCUGCAGUCAUUUAUUAGGGGAGCAAAAACCAGAAAAGUAUAUGCAGCUUUACUUCAGAGACAUAGAGCUGCUAUUACAAUACAAAAGCAGAUAAAAGUAGUAUUUACAAGAAACAGAACGAGGACAAUUCGUGGUGCUGCAACUGUCAUACAGUCUGUUAUUCGUGGAUGGUUGGUCAGGAGGUGCUCAGCAAAUAUUGCAUUUUUGAACUCUGGAGACAUGAAGAUAAAAGAUUCAGAUGAGGUUCUUGUCAAGGCAUCUUUCCUAGCUGAAUUACAGCGUCGGGUACUGAAGGCCGAAGCUGCCCUGAGAGAAAAGGAAGAGGAAAAUGACAUUCUUCACCAACGUCUGCAACAAUAUGAUAGCAGAUGGUCCGAGUAUGAAUUGAAGAUGAAAUCCAUGGAAGAGGUGUGGCAGAAACAAAUGAGAUCCCUACAAUCCAGCCUUUCCAUUGCAAAGAAGAGCCUUGCUAUUGAUGACUCUGAAAGAAGUUCAGAUGCAUCUGUUAAUGCAAGUGACGAGCGCGAUCACAGCUGGGAUGUGGGAAGCAAUCACAGGCGCCAAGAAAGCAAUGGGACGAGAUCAACGAGUGCGGGUUUGAGUGUUAUAAGUCGGAUGGCUGAAGAAUUCGAGCAGAGGAGUCAAGUAUUUGGUGAUGAUGCCAAGUUCUUGGUUGAGGUGAAAUCGGGUCAAGUGGAAGCAAGUUUGAACCCAGAUCAAGAGCUUAGAAGGCUAAAACAGAUGUUUGAAGCUUGGAAAAAGGAUUAUGGGGCAAGACUGCGUGAGACAAAAGUGAUUUUAAAUAAACUUGGAAGUGAAGAUAGUGCACUUGACAAAGUGAAGAAGAGUUGGUGGGGAAGGCGAAACAGUACUAGGAUAAAUUGAUUUAUUUUUUCAAUUCAUUUUCAUUUCAUUUCAUUUUUUUGGUUUGGCUUUGGUCUAUGCACUGUUUCAAGGGCAUUGCCAACUAUAUAUCCCAAAACAAGUAAAAUACAGAGGGAAAGGUAAAAAUAGGAAUGGUAAGAAAAGCCAACGGAUUUAUAGGUUAAGUUGGGUUAGUUAUUGCUAGCUGCCUUUAUCAUAACUUUCUGCUUGAGAUGUGAAGACGUAUACUACAAACUGUAGUGAUUCAUGUCAAAUAUGUUAUGGAGGCUAAAAAAAUGUAAUACACAAGAAACAACUUAUUGAUUGUGCAAAAGUCAUUGUAAAAUAGUGAUAUUUAUAGAAAUUUAAGCUUGCAUA